AACAUUUUCUAUCAAAGCCCUUUACCAAGGCAGUCAGUAUCAUUAUCCACAUAUUAGUGAUUGGGAAGUUGAGGCACAGAAAAAGGCAGUGGCUGGCUUGAGGUGACCCAAUAGGCCAGCUGGGCCUCCCUAGUCCCAGUGCUCUAGCCACAGGGCUAUAUUGCCUUCCAGGGAGAAAGAAGAUGCAGUGCUCAAAAAUUAAUAUUUACAUGCACCAGGACAUGUUGGACAAAUAAGAUAGUAAUUAAGAUGACAACAGCAGCUAGGCCAACAUUUGAACCUGCAAGAGGAGGAAGAGGAAAAGGAGAAGGAGAUUUAAGUCAGCUCUCCAAACAAUAUUCCAGCAGAGAUCUUCCUUCUCAUACUAAAAUUAAAUACAGACAGACCACUCAGGAUGCCCCUGAGGAGGUGCGUAAUCGUGACUUCAGAAGAGAACUGGAGGAGAGAGAACGAGUUGCUGUAAGAGAAAAGAGCAGAGACAGACCAGCAAGAGAGCACACCACAUCCUCUUCGGUGUCUAAGAAACCUCGAUUAGAUCAGAUUCCUGCAGCAAACCUUGAUGCAGAUGAUCCACUCACAGAUGAAGAUGAUGAAGAUGAGGAUUUUGAUGAAGAGAGCGAUGACGAUACUGCAGCUCUUCUGGCUGAACUAGAAAAAAUCAAAAAAGAGAGAGCUGAGGAGCAGGCCCGAAAGGAGCAAGAGCAAAAGGCUGAAGAAGAGAGGAUUCGAAUGGAAAACAUCCUGAGUGGCAACCCUUUACUAAAUCUUACAGGCCCAGUGCAGCCUCAGGCAAACUUCAAAGUGAAGAGAAGAUGGGAUGACGAUGUUGUCUUCAAGAAUUGUGCCAAGGGAAUAGAUGAAAUGAAAAAGGACAAAAGAUUUGUAAAUGAUACUCUGCGAUCUGAAUUUCACAAAAAGUUCAUGGAAAAAUACAUCAAGUAGUACAGUUUUAUGUGCUCCAUCGCUGAAAGACUCAAAGGGUCAAGGUGACUUCCCCUCUGUGGUGUACCUCCUCCUCCUCCCCCCCCCCAAAAAAAAAUAAUGGCUGAAAAUUGUCUCCUGCCAUGAAUUUCCAAAUGCUUUUCCAAGGUCGUUGACAGCUUUUUAAUUGUCGCCUUGUAUCUGGAGUGUUUUAUCUUUUUCAGCAUCCUUUUUUUUGUUUUAACUAAACCUGUUUCUGUUUAAUUCAGUGGAUAUGCAUUUACUUUUAAUGGCCUUCAUGUAAAUGUUGAAAGAGAGACUGGUUUGCAAUAAAUACUUUAAUUGUCUAAAUACUA